GGGGGGGGCAGAUAGGUAUUCUCAACAUGGGGGGGGACACGACCCCCCCAAAGAAUGCGUGGUUACGCCCUUGGCCAUAGGGUUGCCACCCACAGACAUAUAUCCAUGUUGCCACCCGUCCGUUAAAAUACGGAAUCGUCCCAUAUUUGAGAAUAAAAUAGCGCGUCCCGUUUUGAAUCAAUACGGGACAGGGUUUGGUCUAAGUCGGGGGUUUGGUCGGGGGUUUGGUCUAAGUCGCUCUGGAUAAGAGCGCCUGCUAAAUAACUAAAUGUUCGUCCCGUAUUUUCAAAGUUAACUUCAACUCAGCAUCCCAUGCAAAUCAUCCCACCUGCAUUCUGUGAAGACCCGUCCUAUUCUACCCCUGAUUGGGUAAUACUCGCUGCCAUCGUUGGUUUGAUCGGUUUGUUUCAAUUCACGGCCAAUCAGAGUCAGAGGAGGGCGGGUCUCUGGCAGAGAGUCGAUUUGAAAGAAUGGCGCACGCAGCCCCAGAUACCCCCCACGUAAUAAGAAGUAGGCUACACUUAUUAAAGGAAGUGGGCUUGACAUGCUCCAAUACUGCACACUACUACUUCUGGUCAACUGAUAGGGUUGCCAACCAUCCCGAAUUGUCCGGAACAUCCCAAAUUAUGGGUGAUUUUGAUUUGUCCCGUCAGCAACAGCUCCAGUCCCGUAUUCCAAUCACAACCUCGCCGGCCAAUAAUAGGCUCCUGUAAACGCGCCAAAACUCACACAAACGUUGCUAUGGGACACGGUUGUUCCUUGUUGGUGACAGUGUGUGUGAACUGGCCACUGGUGAGGGUUAUCGUGUGUCAAAAUGAGAAUCUUGUAAUAACUGUCUUGACCAUUACUAUGAACAACACAUCCAAGCGAGUACAGUAGUGGUUUGUCAAAAUUGCACUGAAAUUAGUAGGUUUAUGGUAUGGUUAAUGAAAGCUUUCGAUUUCCGUUGUUGUUGGUCAGCUAUUGGCAUGCGCACGCGCACCCCUUGGGGUUGAGGAGGUUUCAGUCACUAAUUUCACAGGUAGAAUAUAAAAUUUACUGAGAAGCAAAUCAUGGAAUUUGCUUAAGACGUUCAAAUUGUCUGUCUUAAGAUAAUUUAGGUUGAAGUAGGCUACUUUUGUUAGACCUUAACUUUAUUGAUAAAAAAACAUACACCAUCUUAAUACAUUUAAGUAGACUUUUUCGACAUUGUUUUACUAUUAACCUAUAUGUGAACCAAUAACCUUUUACAUGGUUUUUGUGUCGGGAAUUUGAAGAUAUGCAUGGAUUUAGGUUAGUUUUGUAGGUUAGACUUACUGUUAACUAUUUAUGCAAUAUAAAGUUGCAUAUAUAUUCAAUCUGGUUACUGCAGAAAUGCACAACAUUUGCUAUAAUGAGGUUUUGAAAGUGUUUUUAACAGUUAUGGUAAAAAUGUGUCCGAAUUUUGACAAAUGUGCUGCAAAUACUGUGUUCUGUAUGAGAAUGAUACAUUCAAUAGUCAUUCAAUGCAUUUUGUGUGGAAGCAAUGAACAAAAUAUGAUUCACAGUAGGUUUGCCCUAUUUCAGAAAUCAUUGUUCAUCAUUGUUUAAUGAACACUAUAUGUUUUAGUUCUAAAUUUGUUUUCUGUAAAUGUUAUAUUUUUGACUGAUAAUGAGAUUAUAUAGGCUACAUGUAUAGUCUAUGGCAUUACGCCAGAAACUCCGUGGUGAAUCAUCGUCUCUCAGCUGUGAUAUUUCUUUGAAGGUUUCUCCGUCAUUACUUCUGAUAUCUUGAUGUCGAAAUGGCCACUGCACUAUGACCUUUUUAUUGACACCUCAUUUCACUAAACAGGAGCUUCUAGGGCGUGUCCAUAGCCUUCAAUAGCCAACGAAAGACCGCUUUGAAAGGAAUCCCCCCCCCCCUCACCCCCACUCUUUCCACCGUAGAAAGGUUGAGCCAAUUACAACCGGUUAUUUGGAUAUCUUCUACGUCGUAUAGCCAAUGAAAUUCUGAAAACCGCUUUAGACGGAAGUUUCAAAGCUGCAUAUAAGAAGACCAUUCGUAUUUACCCCAUGAUUUGUGCGUCGGUACGUGGAAAGAAUAUAAGUGUAGUUUUGGUCGCUGUUGAGACUUUUGGAACUUGAAUUAUGGCAAAGUGGAUUGGUAAAGUGGAAAGCGACCAGUCUGAGGAUGAUGUAUCCGAAAUAAAUACUGAUGUAUCAGAUCCAGACUACGAGGCAGAGGAGAUAUCCAGAAACAUUGCUCUCGACAAGCUGGUUGAGGAAUCGGAAAUCGAUUGGGAGCAGGAUUGUUGUGCACCACUCAGCAGGUAUUCAGAUGAAGAGGAGGAGCGGGAGCAAGGCAGCACCUCGUCAAGAGGAGGGGGGAGGGGCGGCGGUCAACCUGGAGUAUUUACAAGCACACCUGAAGAGAGAUGGAAUGAUGUUGAUGUUCCAGACAUAACACCACCACAGCCUACCUUCGCACCAAACAACCCACCUGGACCCCAGCUCGACCAAACAGCGUCCUAUACAGUCCUGGAGCUCUUCCAACUUUUUUUUACUAACUCUGUUUUACAUACAAUCGUUCAAAACACAAAUGACUAUGGCCCGACUCGCCACUCGACAGCAGGGAAACCAUGGAUUGACCUGACAUUGCAGGACAUGUUUUCAUACCUGUCUGCGAUCAUCUACAUGGGACUAGUAAAAUGCUCUGCAUUGACUGAUUACUGGCGAGGGGGCAAACUGUACAGCUUCUUGUUCACAAAACAGUUAAUGACCGGUAAGAAGUUCAUAUUAAUCUCCCGGGCCCUUCGCCUCAGUAGCAUGGCGGACAAUGAGGCUAACAAGCAGAAGAUUGGCACAGAAGCCUUCGAUUGUUUUAGCAAAAUCAAGCCACUUUACCAUGAGAUUAGAGAGGCCUGCAAAAGGAACUACCACCCUGACCAGGAGAUUGCCAUCGAUGCUCGAACGGUCUACAUUGGGGGCAGACAAUAUUUGAAAAAUGAGCCUGUUCGUGGGGGAUAUAAAGUCUUCGUCCUGGUGGACUCCAAGAGCGGUUACAUGUGGGACUUUUUUGUGUACGAGGGAAAGCUCCAGGGAAGCAGCGGCUUGGGGCCCGGUUAUGAGUCAGUCAUGAUGCUAGUUGACACACCGUUGCUGGGCACCGGAUACAAGCUCUUUGUUGACCAUCUUUACUCGAGUCCUGCCCUUUUCCUCGACCUCCUUCAUAAGAAGAUCUGGGCAUGCGGACCCAUCCUUACUAAGAGAAGUGGAUGCCCAAAAAAGAAAGCAAACAGUCUGAACUCUGAAUGUGCCAGCGGCAGCAUACGCUGGAUCAGGAACGACCCCCUCCUCUUUGUCCAGUGGCGAGACACGAAGGACGUCUACCUGUGUUCAACGUUCCACACGGCACACGCACAGGACACAGUGCAGAGGAGGGUUAAAGGAGCAGAUCAGCGCUGGGUACUGAUAGACAUCCCAGUUCCCCCAGCGGUAAAGGAGUACCACCAGUGCAUGGGUGGAGUAUCCCUUUCUGACACCCGGACGGGGAACUAUAAUCUAAAUCGCAAGACCCACAGCUGGCACAAGGGUUUCUUCCAUUAUUUCCUGGACAUUGCGAUGGUGAACGCCUACCUCCUCCACACAGACAUUGCCACAGGUGAAGGACAGGUACCUCUGACCCAGAAGGCCUUCAGAGAGACUCUUGCUGAGGAGCUGGCGAAGGCGGGGUGUCACACAGGGCGUGCCAAGGUGCCUUGUGCUCCACCUACAGCACAUCACAGGCUAGUGCAUAUCAGUGGGGACAGCACGUCCGGUCGGCUGAAGUGCAGACACUGUGGUGCAAAGACACCAGUGAAGUGCUCCAGCUGUGAUAUGGCCUUGUGCUUUGUCCCCAAACGUGACUGCUACAAUGACUGGCAUGCUGCCAGGAACAUCAAAUAGUUUGCAAAUAUUUUGGGGAAAAAAUUUAUGUAAAUAGUUUGUGAGUAUAAUGGUGUUGGGCUGAAUUUGGGGGCUACCUAAUUCAUGGCCCAGAGUGGAAAUCCAGACUUUGCAUUUUCAUUCACAUGCUAAGAGAGGGUGGGGGGAGUUCCCUCCUCCUCUAUGGAAACCAUCGUUCACAGCAGACGACUGUAUCACCUUGGAGUACAACUCCUUAGAGGGGAUUACAUCAGUUGGAGAGGAAGAGGAAUUGAUGAAGACUGUGAAAUGAUCAUUAAAAGCUGUUUUUCUGUAAAUACUGUUUUGAACAGCUAUUAAGAUCAUGUUUGAUGUUUUCUUUUUUUUCUUUUUAUGCAUCCCUUUUUGUGAUGCACAAAGCGAAUUUAAUUGUUUUACAGAGCUUUGUGCAUGUAGAAGUCCAAAAUGUGUAUGCAUAUUUCCGUGUCUUCCAAAGGCAUCACAUUUGAUCUGCUAUGGCCAUCGAGUAAGCCGGUGAUGGUCCAAUUUGAAUUGAUAUGCUUUCAGGCUUCCCCUUUGUUGAAGCCAAUCUGGUUAGACCUGUGGGUUCUGUAUUUUAGACAAUCAUCUUUAACUUAUUUGAGGCUUUUUCUCCCAUGCACUAGGUGUGUAGACCCUUCCAGUUUUGUUUACUAUACUAACUCCAGUGAGUUAAGCUCCCAGUUUUAUUUACUUUAGCUGCCUUUGCUAAUGAUUACUCUGAAGGUAUGUUUCUGUAUUGAUUGUUUCAUGAUUAUUGUUUAGUGAUUAUCUUACUAUUUAGAUAAUAAACUCUAAUUUUGCA